UGACAGAUACGGCAUACGGUUACGGAUGAUAAGAACCACGCACGGAGGAAGAAUCGACAAACACUGACUUCGACAGCUCUAUUGGAUCAAUAAAGGCCCGCCCCAGAGAGUCACGCAUGCACAGAACGAAUAGCCCUGUUCGUUCACAGUUUUGUAGACAGAGUAGAAUGGCUGAGCUGCUCCCAUGGCUGCUGCCAUGGCUUCUGGCCACCCUCCUUGCCGUCUACUUCCUCGACCUCCGAGCACAUGCACGCCGCGGCCUCCCACCGGGACCUCGCCCUCUGCCCCUCAUCGGCAACCUCCACCUCCUCGGUGACCAGCCGCACCGCUCCCUCGCGGGCCUCGCCAAGAUCCACGGCCCGCUCAUGUCCCUCCGCCUCGGAGCCGUCACCACGGUGGUCGCGUCCUCGCCGGAGGUCGCGCGCGAGUUCCUGCAGACGCACGACGCCAUCUUCGCGACGCGGUCCGUGCCGGACGCCAUCGACGCCCACGCCAGGAGCUCCGUGGUGUGGCUGCCCAACUCAUCACCGAGCUGGCGCGCGCUCCGGAAGAUCAUGGCCAGGGAGCUCUUCGUGCCGCACAGGCUGGACGCGCUCCGGCACCUCCGGCGCGAGAAGGUGCGGCAGCUCGUGGACCACGUGGGCCGGCUCGCCGGCGAGGGCGCGGCGGUGGACGUCGGCCGCGCGGCGUUCGCGACGGUGCUCAACCUCCUCUCGGGCAACAUCUUCUCGCGCGACCUGACGAACCUGGACGACCAUGGCGAGUCCAAGGAGUUCCAGGAAUUGGUGACGGAGCUCAUGGAGGCCGCGGGCAGGCCGAACUUGUCGGACUUCUACCCGGCGUUCGCGGCGGCCGACCUGCAAGGCUGCCGCCGGAAAGCGGCCAAGUUGAUUGCACGGCUGCACCGGGUGUUCGACGAGGAGAUCGACGGGAGGCUGCAUGACCGCAGGAGCGGACAGCCUCGAAAGAACGACUUCCUUGACCUGUUGCUGGACAGCGAGACGACGACGGGCGAUAAAGGCUCGGCGGGGCUCGACCGUGACACGCUACGGUCAAUGCUAACUGAUUUAUUUGCUGCCGGAAGUGACACAAGCUCUAACACAGUGGAAUGGGCAAUGACAGAGUUGCUUAAAAAUCCAGUAUCAAUGUAUAAAGUUUGCGAUGAGCUUGCAAGAGUUAUUGGCAUAAGGAGAAAUAUUGAAGAAUCGGAAAUUGGCCAGUUGCCAUAUCUUCAGGCUGUGGUAAAAGAAACUUUUCGACUACAUCCUCCUGCUCCGUUAUUGUUACCACGUCAAGCUGAGGUGGCAACAAAAGUGAUAGGUUACACAACACCUAAAGGUGCUCGUCUACUGAUAAAUAUAUGGGCAAUGGGUCGAGAUCCAAAUGUAUGGUCUGAACCAGAGAAGUUUAUGCCCGAGAGAUUUUUAGAAAAGACAAUUGAUUUCAAAGGUGGAGACUUCGAACUCAUCCCAUUUGGUGCAGGACGUCGGAUUUGCCCUGGCAUGCCAUUGGCUAUUAGGAUGAUGCAUAUGGUUCUUGGAUCACUGUUAAAUCAAUUCGAAUGGAAGCUUCCAGUUGAGGUCGAAAUAAACGGAGUUGACAUGGCAGAAAAAUUUGGGGUGACACUAAUAAAGGCCGUGCCACUCUGUGCUAUAGCUACACCAAUUUGAAUUAACGAAUGGUCUAUCGAACUGUAUUUUGAUCUUCCUUAUUGUUUAAUAAUGUAUUAAACUACUAAGCACCAUUAUUGUGUUAAUAAUAAGUACACACAAUUAGUUGUCGGUCA